CCUUCAAAAAACAAAUACGUAAAAACCAAACUGUCAACGUGAAGGAAGCCCGAUACAAUUAAAAAGGGCCUUCCUCUUCCUUCAUCACCUUCUCUUAUUUGUCUCCUUCCUUCAUAUUCUCUCUCACCAGUACAGACUCUCCAAAGUCCGGCACACCCCCCAGUUUUCACAACGAAACAGCCACCGCGUGUGGCAGUUCCAGCGGCGAAAUCAGGUGCUCCUCUCAGCCCCCCACCAUGCAUGGAGGUUUCAACAGGGGCUCAUUCGUGGUCGAGCACGACAAUAAUGGAAGCUCGCCGGAGAAUAGCAUCGGAGGGUCGCCGCCGCCGCCAUCCAGCAGAUUUGGCGAUACGAUGAAGACUGGCCCUAUGGCGCCGUCUCCGAAGAGGAGUAGGAGAGGUAUGCAGAAGAGAGUGGUUUCGAUUCCGAUCAAGAACGUGGAAGGCUCUCGGCUCAAGGGCGAGGGCGCGCCGCCGCCGUCCGAUUCGUGGGCGUGGAGGAAGUACGGCCAAAAGCCCAUCAAGGGCUCUCCAUAUCCGAGGGGAUAUUAUAGGUGUAGUAGUUCAAAGGGAUGCCCGGCCCGGAAACAGGUGGAGCGAAGCCGCGACGACCCCACCAUGCUCGUCAUCACCUACUCUUGCGAGCACAACCAUCCUUGGCCUGCUGCCAAGAACAACCACCACCACCACAAUCACCAGAACUCCUCUGCUGUGACCAGCGCCAUCGAAGACAAGCCUGAAAUGCUCACCAAUCUACCCGACCCAGAAGCCGAGCCCGAGCCCAAUCCCGAACCCGAAGAAAAGUUCCCGGACAUGAGCGAGGAAUCGGCGCUCAUGUCCGCCGCAGACGAGUUCAGCUGGUUCAUGGACAUGCCCACUACAUCGUCCACGAUCCUAGAGAGCACCAUUUUUGCGGAGAGCGGCAACAACAAUACCGGCAACGGCGUGUUGGCGAGGGAUGCCGACGUGGCCAUGUUUUUCCCAAUGGGAGAAGAGGACGAGUCGCUGUUCGCCGAUCUGGGCGAGCUGCCGGAGUGCUCGGUGGUCUUUAGGCACUGCCGGAGUGGUGGUGUGAGCACACAAGUUCAGAUCUGCUGACCCUUCUUUAUUCUUAAUUAAUUUUAAUCCCACUUGUAUUUGUAUUUUUCCACACUUUCUUCUUUUUUUUUCUAAUUUUUUUCCCUUCUUGGUUUAUUUAUUGCUUAUGGAUAAAAGAGAAAAAGAAAAAGAAGAGGAGUUGUUCAAUUCAACUGUGGACGGACGUGUCGUGCGCCGUAAGGAGUAGAAAUCUUGGAAAUUUCUUUC